AGAAAUAAACCAGGUGAGAUGUUACAAUAUAUGUUUUUGGGGGUAAAAUAUAUAAUUUGUGUAUAUCUUGAAUGUAAAUAAAUUAUUUUUGUACUCCACAGAUGUUUCAUACACUAAAUUUUGUAUGGAAGAAGUAAACAACAGUUUGAAAAAUGGAAAAACAAACAACACUAUCAAAGCCAUGGAGAUCCUGGAAGAGGUUUUAAAGGAAACAGAGUUGAAUGAGACUACAAGCUUGUCUGUUGGGAGUAUGGUGGCCAUCCUGCACAAGCCCAAAGGGCCCUUCAAAGGACUCAACAUUUUUGCCACUGAUGAUAAGGCAACAUUAAGCGAGGCUGUCCCCAACAGCAGAGUGAGUGUUCGACUGCCGAGAGAGUUGGAAGCUGAAUCAAGCAACACAAUUGUGUUCUGCAUGCUCACGUGGCCUGACAGAAGCACGACCCUAUGGGGAAGCUCACAUGAAUUAUAUGAGAGCAGACUGGUUGGCCUGAGCGUGAGUGGCAAGAAUAUUACAGGACUACAGGAGCGUGUCAACAUCACAGUGAAUCUUGCUGGAAAUGGAACUACAACUUCAUUCAACAAAUCGUUUACCGAAACCCUACAGCCCAAAUGUGUGUUCUUGAACUUUUCAACACAGGCAUAUAGCACUGAUGGCUGCAUAACCCUGUGGAAAUUUGGUCAGAGUAACGUCACCUGCUCCUGUGACCACCUCACAUACUUCGGCGUGCUUAUGGUUUCUGCAAACAUCUCACCUAAAGACCAGGAGAUUUUGUCAUACAUCACUGUGAUUGGCUGUAGUAUUUCUCUGUUAACCCUGAUCAUCACUUUUCUGCUCUUCAUCACAAAUAGAAAAGCCAGAGCAGAUCUCUCCAUGAAGGUCCACAUCCACCUCGUCAUUGCCCUGAUCCUGCUCAACCUGCAUUUCCUCCCCAGCCAGGCAGUGGCACUGUCCUCCACUGGCUUUUGCUUUUACAUGGCCCUUUCUCUUCACUACUCCCUUCUGGCCGCACUCAUCUGGAUGUCCCUGGAGGGGUUCCACCUCUACCUUCUCUUAGUUCGAGUCUUCAACAUCUAUGUCAAGAAAUACUUACUCAAACUCAGCGUGGUGGGAUGGGGUAUCCCAGCAGUCAUUGUGGCCCUGGUUGCAAUCAUCGACAGAAGCUCGUAUGGACUUGUCCCUCUGGACUCAGCUAACUCCAACAGCACCGCAAUAUGCUAUAUAGUCAAUAACACAGUGAAGAUGGUGACUACAGUUGGAGUAUUUUGCCUGGUGUUCAUCUUUAACAUGUUCAUGUUAGGGGUGACAGUCAGAAGCAUUGUGAUUCUCCGCCGGAGCAAAGAGUUUGGGCCAAUUGACCAUGACAGAGCCAAGCGAGACAUCUAUACCCUGCUGGGGAUCACCACUCUGCUCGGCAUUACCUGGGGCCUGGUCUUCUUCUCAUUUGGCUACCUGACCACUGCUGGCCUCUACCUCUUCUGCAUCCUGAACUCACUGCAAGGUUUCUUCAUCUUCCUGUGGUUUGUGAUGUCUCUGAGAAAAACUGGAAAACCAGCUACUAUGGGGAGUAGUGAAACACGCAGCACCAACAGCUAAGCCUAAAACCAACACACCAAGACAGUUUUUCGUGUGUGUGUGUGUGUGUGUGUGUGUGUGUGUGGUUCUCCCUUAUUAUUUCUGCUUUAGAUCAUGAUGAUGAUUUAAUGCACAACCAUGUCACAGAGAAGCACGCAUGAUAGUUAGCGCUAGCUCAUUCAGGUGACUCCAAUAUUAGAUUUCAAAAAGUUUAACAAGUCUUAGUUUUAGUGCUAUUUUUAAAAGGUGUUACCAAUUAUUGUCACACCCUGGUGUGCUAAAACCUUGUAGAAAAAGCUUUAUCCCUCCUCUAAUACAUAGCAAUUCUACUUCAUCCAUUCUUUGCACCACUUUGUGAACAUAAAAAUAGCAUUUAAGUUA